CUCUCCAAAAGUCCCCCCACGCCUUGUCUCUCUCUCUCUCUCUCUCUCUCUCUCUCUCUCUGCAAAUUCCUAGAGUGACGCCCUCUAGCCGUUGAGUUUCAGUUUUUUUCCGCUUCAUUGCCAAAACCAACCUCUCUCUCUCUCUCUCUCUCUCUCUCUCUCUCUCUCCAAAUCAGUCAGACAAAAUCUCCGUUGACUCCAACUAAAACCUCUACUAUAUCUCGGUCAUCACGUCCUCUUUUAUACCUGUCUAAAGCCCUAGCCCCACCCCGUGUUUUGAUCAAUUGUUCAAACUUAGUAAACAAUGCUCAAAUUCAUCCCCACCGUCUGAUGAUCAAUCGCCGGCUGCCGUGAUGAGCGAAGAAAGCCCCUCCUCCUCCUUCUCCUCCGAUGAUUCCGGUUCACUCUCCGCCCCCGCCGCGGCGGCUCAGCAGAGUAUGGGGCGGAGUCGAAGAAGCACUGGCAGUGCUGAUUUGAUUGCUCCCGGAUUGGCUUCGGAGGGGCAGCGCCAUUGGCGGGAUGUUUUCUGGCUAGGUGUAUUUUUGUUGCACAUGGUUGGAAUAGGUUUAGUUCUCACAGUGCUUGGAUUAAAUAGGCUUAAGAAGAAGGAUAGGCUUAACAUUGAUAGGUACACAACGGGGUUGCUUCAGAAGCAGUCAGGAUUGACAGAGGAUUAUUGGCCGUUGUACGGCGUUGCUGGUGGAGUUGGGACUGUUCUCGGGUGCCUUUGGUUGAUGUUGCUCGGUUCGCGUGCAAAUCUAAUUAUGAAGUUUGCAGUUCACAUCUUGACUACUUAUCUGGCCGUGAUUAGUGUCUUGUGUUUUUGGGGGGAGUGGUUCUUCUGGGGUGUUGCAUUUGCUGUUGGAGCAGGGUUGCAGUUCUUGUAUGUCAUAUCAAUUAUAGACAGAAUUCCCUUUACCAUGUUAAUUCUGCAAGGAGCUGUGAAGAUGGUAUGGAGUCUUCCUGAGGUUAUGAGAGUAGCAUGUGCUUUCAUGCUAGUUAUGCUUUCAUGGCUAGCACUAUGGUCCUUUGGUGCAGCUGGUGUUGUGGCUUCAAGCAUUGGUGAUGGUGGACGUUGGUGGCUUCUUGUGGUAUUUUCUGUAAGUUUAUUUUGGACAGGAGCAGUUCUCUGUAAUACUGUUCAUGUUGUUGUUUCGGGUAUGGUGUUUCUUGUUCUCAUUCAUGGUGGUAGAGAAGCAGCAUCAAUGCCUUCUAAGCCAGUGAUGAAGUCUCUGAGGUAUGCUGUGACAACAUCUUUCGGUAGCAUCUGCUACGGAUCACUCUUUACAGCUGCUAUCAGGACAUUACGGUGGAAGAUUAGGGGAUUCAGGUCAAAGAUUGGCACGAACGAGUGUUUGUUGUGCUGCGUUGAUUUCCUGUUUCAGCUUGUGGAAACCCUUGUGCGAUUUUUCAACAAGUAUGCGUAUGUGCAGAUUGCAGUUCAUGGCAAAAGCUUUAAUCACUCAGCAAGGGAUGCUUGGGAGUUGUUCCAAUCAACUGGUGUCGAAGCGCUUAUUGCCUAUGACUGUUCAGGGGCUGUUCUACUUAUGGGUACUCUUUUAGGUGGGCUUAUAACUGGUACAUGUGCUGGAGUUUGGACAAGGAUUAAAUAUCCUGAUACAGUGGCUAUGGUUGGUGCCACUGCCAUGUUGAUGGGAAUGAUCUUGGUCGGACUGGCAAUGGUGGUUGUGGAGAGUGCAGUUACAUCCAUAUACAUUUGCUACGCGGAAGACCCCUUGUUGAUCCAUAGAUGGGAUGUUGAAUUCUUCAACCAGAUGAACGAGACUCUACAUCAGCGGCUGCAGCAUAGGAGCGCGCGAGCAAGGGAAGUACUGACAACCCACAGCCGGCUUGACAGUCGCGCACAACAAACACUUCAUAUUUGAAAAGUCACCAUUGUUUAGAUAAUACAAGUGUAAUAGGUUCCCAUUUCCCUAGGCAAAAAGUAUAGUGGAGUAAGUUUCCGUUUAGUUUCACUCUUAAUGGUGGCUGGGUGGGCUUAGAACUGUAUGGUGGUUUUGGGGUGUAGAGUAAUCAGAUGUACAGCAAGAAAGCCGACAAAUGUACUACAGUUGGGCGUGGUUUAUUGAAAUCAUUUUUUCUCA